AAUAAAUAAAUAAAUAAAUUCCCCUUUGUUUUUAAUUUUAAUUAAAUAAUCCUAAAAAUUUUCAAAUAUUCCACAACCACUCACCACUAUAUAUCCCAAAACACCCAAAAUUUUUCCAAGCCCCACACUUUGUGUCAUUUCCACCAACUUCCUUUCUUUCUCUCUUUCUCUUUCAAAAUAUCAUCAACUACUUAGUUUUAUUUUUCAUUUUUUCUCCGAAUUUAACAGUUCCUAUAGCUUGGUUUAGUUUGGUUUGUUUUGGAAUUUUUUUUUUUUUUUUUUUUGGUUUUUUUUUCACUUUGAUAACAAAUGCAGGCUGGUCCAUUGCUUUCUCUUUCACCUAGCUUCAAUAGCUAUUCUUCCACUGGCAAACUGGCCGAGAUUGCUGCUAGAGUCGUUAACGAAUUCAGACAAGAAAACAAUGGCUCAAAUGGUGGUGGCGGAUUUGUCUAUGAUCCUUGGGAAAACGAUGAGAAUUUACAUACCCAAUUCGGAGAUUUGUCUUUGAAUUUGAAUUCGAACCCACAUGAGGAAAAUUUACCACAACAGCUCGAUCAUUAUCAUGAUGAAAAUGAUGAAGAUCAUGAAGGCGAAUUCGAAUUCGCUUCCGUUUGCAGAGAUUUGGGUUCGUCGUCACCAAUCUCGGCCGACGAGCUCUUCUACAACGGCCAGAUCAAACCCAUUUACCCACUUUUCAACCAAGACCUGCUUCGAAACGACGACGCUCCAAAAAACGUCGUCGUUAACCAACCCUCUUCGAUGGACUCGAAAACACCGUCGUCGUCGACAACGAAAACGACGACAACGACCCGUCGUCGACAGCCCCUGAGAAAGCUCAUGAUCGAAGAAGAAAGAGAGUCGGCAUCGACGGCUUCGUGCUCUUCUUCGGAAUCCGACGAGCUCGACGGACUCUCGCCGGAAAGUUUCUGUGUCUGGAGACCGAAAACCACCGCCGCCGGCGUGUCAACGACUCCGGAAAGGUGCAAGAAGAGCAACUCCACUGGGUCUUCGAAACGCUGGAAGUUCCGGCAGCUUCUCAGCCGGAGCAAUAGCGAAGGUAAGGAUAUGUUUCUGUUUCUUUCUCCGAGCAAGAAAGCGGAAAAGGGCAUCUCCUCCGGCGACAAAAAAGUAGCCGGAAAAGUGACGGCGAAAGAGGUCUCCGUCAACGGCGACGGCGUGGGAGCUCACGAAGCUCAUCAAGUGAAGAACAGAGCGGUAAAAGAAGAAGAUAAGAAGAAAUCGUUCCUGUCGUACGGGCAGGACAUUGUUGGAUUCUUCUCAAAUGUCGAUGGGGUAAGCAGGAAUUUGAAUCCUUUUUGAAGAUUUUGGAUGGUUUUGGUUUUUGAUUAAUUAUUAAAGAUAAAAUUAAUUACAUUAUGAAGGUUUCCUUUUUUUCUUUUUUUCUUUUUUUAAAGUUGUUUGGUAUUUUGCGAGUGUUAAUAUUUUCUAAAAGCCAAUUUUUCCUUUUCCUUUUCUUUUUUUUUUUUGGGACAGAUUUAGUUAUGUUUAGUUUUGGAUUUUUCUUUCUUCAUUUUGUGUAAAUAAAUAUGUAAUUUUAUUUUUUUUGGUGUAAUUUGUUUUGUUUUUUGGUUUUUACCAAAAAUUUGUUUCUUAGCAAAAUGGGGUGUGAAUGCGUGUAAAAACGUGUUAUUGCUUUUGUGACCAAAAUGUGUGGGUCUCACACGGCACAGAUAAAAAGGUAAAGAGUCUCUUUGCGCAACAAUUAUAGGGCGUUUAUUUUCAUAACUUUGCCAAGAAAAUUCAAGAAAGAAGAAUGAGAAUUUCUAGUA